AUCCCAACCAGCCCAGCGCCGCCCGCGCAGCACUGACCGGGGUCGUCCAGCAGCAGUCGGCUGGCUCGGCCGUCCCAAGUAGGCCGACUCCAACUCUCUCUCGGCGCGGCGCGACGGUCCAACAGGCCGCCUGACACCGGUCUCAGUUUGGUUUGUGGUGGCACUGGGCCAGCCGGGACCCUGAGCAGUGACGCAAGUGUGGUAGUGUAGAGUUGGUGAACGAGAGGAAGGGUUGGUGACGGUGGUGCUUUGUGAGAGUUGGUGAUUGUAAGGAUUGUAAGAAGCGGAGUUUUGAGCAGUAUCAACCGUCUCCUGUGACAUCAGGAUGCGGUUCUACCUGGCUCUUCUGGCGGCGGCGGCGGCGCUGGCGGCGGGCCGCAUCGCCGACCCACCCAGCUACCGGCAGCUGCUCAGGAAGCUGGCCAGCAGUCCGGACAUGCAACAGUACAUGCGGGACGACCCGCGCUCAGCUGGCCAGCUGGACGUCGCACUGGAUAACGAUAUGGACAAAACCACGCUGGAGCUGAUCCGUGAGAACGGCUACGUGGCCGAGCAGCAUGACGUCACCACGGCCGACGGAUACAUCCUGUCUCUGCACCGGAUCCCGUACGGACGGGACGGACCCGGCGAGGGACCCCGUACGCCCGUCCAUCUCCAGCACGGCUUGCUCUCCGCCAGCUCCGACUGGAUCAUGCAGCCUCCCGAGAGGGCGCUGGCGUACAUGCUGGCGGACCGCGGCUACGACGUGUGGCUGGGAAACGCCCGCGGUAACACGUACUCGCGGUCGCACGUCAACAUUACUGCCGACGACCCCGAGUUCUGGAAAUUCACGUGGGACCAGAUGGGUCAGUACGACUCCCCUGCUAUGAUUGACUACAUCCUGGAGACGACCGGUCAGCAGCAGAUCUUCUGGGUCGGCCACUCCAUGGGAACGACCAUGUUCUGGGUGAUGAUGAACGACCAUCCCGAGUACAACGACAAGGUGGCGCUGAUGCAGGGUCUGGGCCCGGUGGCCCGUGUUGACCACAUGCACUCGGUUAUCAGGAUCUUCGCGCCGUACGCCAACGAAGUCGAGCUACUCUUCAAGUGGUUCGGAGAGAACGAAUUUCUGCCGGCGGGUAGUCACUGGAUGCGGAUUGUGCAGAAAUAUUUCUGUGAUCGCGAUCACGUGGAGGAGGAGUUAUGUCGUAACGCCCUGUUCGCCAUCGCUGGCUACGACUCGAAACAGUUCAACUUAACGGCGCUGCCGAUCAUCCUGGCCCACACGCCGGCCGGUGCCUCCACGCGCUCCGUGAUUCACUACGCCCAGGAGAUCAACGCCGAGAAGUUUUUGCACUUUGACUGGGGUAAGGAGGAGAACAUUGCCCGCUACGGCCAGGCGACACCGCCAGAGUACGAUCUCAGCUUCGUCACCUGUCCCGUGUCGCUCUUCUGGUCCGAUAACGAUCUGCUCGCCGACCCGGAGGAUGUGGCUUGGCUGGCUGAGGGUCUUCCCAACAUCAUUGAGAAGUACCGCGUCCCGCUGGCUGCCUUCAACCACUUGGACUACCUGUGGGCCAUCGACGGCGACAUCCUCGUCUACAACCACGUGAUCGAGAACAUCCAGAAGUUCGAGAACGCUCAGAAGCACUAGCUCUACUUCCAUAAGUGGUUCCGACAUCCCAUUACGUGACAAUAACACCAAGCUUGACGAAAGGGCAUGCAGUAUUUUGGUGAAUGACAUCAAUAAAAGCUUAAGUUUGCCGUUCCUGUGAAGGUCUCCGGCGACUUUGGAGUUUUGUUCGUUUCGUUUUUAUCUGACUGUGGUUCCUUGGAAAAGGAACAGUCAGAAUGUAGGUACCUGGCCUCAUAAUAUUUCGAAAAGAAGCAUCUAUUCAGCUUAGAAACCACAAUGUAAGUUGGAUUUGCUCUCUGAAGCUCUUGUUUCGUAAUGACCGCAGUUCACCGCCGCGAAUGCCUUGUGCCAGUAGCGUCAAGUGAACGCAAAUAUAUUUAUCUCGCGUC